AUGAAGCCUGAUUAUUUUAUGCUAUCUUUACUCAUUCCUGGACCACAAUCACCGGGAAAUGACAUUGAUGUCUAUCUUCAACCGUUGAUUGAAGAAUUAAAAGAAUUAUGGGAGUCAGGUGUCGAAACAUAUGAUUCGAAAGAAAACAAAACAUUCAACAUGAGAGCAUGCCUUUUGUGGACAAUUAAUGACUUCCCUGCGUAUGCUAUGUUAUCUGGGUGGAGUACAAAGGGAAAAUUGGCUUGUCCAUGCUGUAAUGACGAGACUUCUUCUAUCUAUCUGAAACAUAGUCACAAGACUGUUUAUAUGGAUCACCGAAGGUUUUUAUCCAUGAAUCAUCCAUGGAGGCAUAACAAAAGAUCUUUCAAUGGAAAAAUUGAACUCAGGUCUCCACCACAGUUGUUAGAAGGUUCAACUGUAUUUGAUAUAUUGCAAGAGGUAGAUAAUUCUUUUGGGAAGAAGCAAAAGAGAUCAAAGAAUGGCAUAUCAAAUUGGAAAAAACGGUCAAUCUUUUUUGAGUUACCAUAUUGGAAGUCCAACAUGUUUAGACACAACCUUGAUGUCAUGCACAUAGAGAAGAAUAUAGUUGAUAGCAUAAUUGGAACUCUUUUAGAUAUUCCCGGAAAGACGAAAGAUCAUGCAGCUGCUCGUUUUGACCUUAAAGAUAUGGGUAUCAGGAAGAACCUUCAACCAAGAGAUACGAAGGAUGGAAAAAAAACUAAGUUAGCAAAGGCAUGCUUUUCAAUGACUCCAGCAGAGAAAACAAUCUUUUGUCGUGUGUUGAAAGUGGCAAAAUUACCAGACGGUAGCGCUUCCAAUAUUGCUCGAUGUGUGCAUGAAACAGAAAAGAAGAUUUCUGGUUACAAGACCCAUGAUGCUCAUUUCAUGUUGCAUUACUUGUUGCAAGUACCAAUCAAGAUCAUACUUCUUGACCAUGUUGCCAUCGCUCUAGUUCGAUUAUGUUCAUUUUUUCGCCGAAUAUGUCAGAAAGUAAUUAGCUUGGAUGAGGUAGUUAACUUAGAAGCAGAGAUUGCUGAGACAUUGUGCCAAUUGGAGAGGAUUUUCCCUCCUAGCUUUUUUGACAUAAUGGUGCACUUGCCUAUUCAUUUAGCAAAUGAGGUGAGGUUAGGUGGUCCAGUUCAAUAUCGUUGGAUGUACCCUGUUGAACGGUAUAUGUGCACACUAAAAUCGUAUGUUCGUAAUAGAAGUCGUCCAGAAGGAUCUAUUGCCGAAGGAUAUUUGGCGAAUGAGUGUAUCAAUUUUUGCUCAAGAUAUUUGCAUGAAGAUGUUCAUACAAGAUUUAAUAGAAUCCCUCGGAACAACGAUGAGUGUGUUUCAGAUGAGGUGCGAACUCCUAGUUUGUUUCCAAGCAAAGGAUGUCCUCUUGGUAGAAGAAUGGGAGAUUUGUUUAUUUUAGAUGAAAAAUCAGAAAUACAAGGUCAUGCAUACAUUCUAAACAAUUGUGAUAAGAUCGAAGUCUACAUGAGAGAGCAUGAGGAGGCAGUUAAUGAUAACAAUCCACGAAGAACAAAGUGGGAGAAAGCCAAGGACCGCAGUCAAUAA